AUGGUGAUGGAGAUCAUUAAGGAGGUACCGACGACAUUGAUGCAGUUGAUGUGGAAAGUGGUGGGACCUCAAGAUCUGAAACUUGGAGAUCACAUUUAUAGAUAUGGGUUCUAUGGCUUGUACAGCCAUCAUGCCAAUCAAUUUACACUGAUCAACUCCAAUUCCAACAACACCUACGAGCCUCAGGAGAAAGUAAAAUGUUUCCAGCGGAUGUUGGAGGGUCUUUUGCAGGUAAAUCAGCUCAAGCACAAGUCCAAGAGAGUGUACAAAGGGCCACGAGAGAAAAUGGUGAUGGAGAUCAUCAAGGAGGUACUGACGAUACUGAUGCAGUUGAUGUGGAAAGUGGUGGGACCUCAAGAUCUGAAACUUGGAGAUCACAUUUAUAGAUAUGGGUUCUAUGGCUUGUACAGCCAUCAUGGAAUUUACGUCGGCGACGGCUACGUGAUUCACUUCACCCGAACUCAGAGCCAAAAAACAAUAGUCCCAUCGCUGUCCAAUAUUAGCCACAAGCAAGAAAAUUUGCCUCCCUGCCCAAAAUGUGAAUACCAGGAGAGCAUCCACCGUGGCGUUGUCAAAACUUGUCUCGAUUGCUUUCGGCGAGAUGGCAAGAACCUCCGAUCCCUUCACUGUUAUGAAUACGGGUGGCCAGUAUUAGGGUUUAAGCUCGCGAGGCGAGGAACUUGCACCACGCUACUUGAUACCAAAUUUCCCCAUGAAGUCGUCGAUAAGGCUCACAACCUUCUUGCCAACAGUGCUUUUGGCAACUACAGCCUAAUCAACAACAACUGCGAGCAUUUUGCCACAUUUUGCCGGAUCGACGUUCGUGCAAGUGAACAGACGACAUUUGUCAGUGAUUGUCAGCGGAAAAUUAGGGAAGCCAAAGAAUGGACCAUGAAGUUGCUGCAGAGAAACUGA